CUCUCUCUCUCUCUCUUUCCCAGUUUAUUCUCCCAGAACAUCACUUGGAAACCUCACAAUUCCAAAUCUUUUUACUAAGAUUUUGUUUGUUUCCCCCUUUCUUCUUCUUCUUGUAGCUUAAUCCAGACGUCCAAGUUUCUGGUGUUCGUUCUUUGCACUUCUCAACUGCUCUUGAAGCAUAUAUUAGUGCUCCACCUUAACUCACUUUACGAAAAGCAUUAGAGUUUGACCAAAGAAUGCAGCAUGUCUCAGAACCUUGCAGAAUGAGACAUAGUGAAUAACUCGUGUGAAUUUUAGGGUUGGCCGAUUGAUAGUGGAUUAUAUUUUGGGUUCUAUAUCUUCUGUAAAAUAUCAGGAAAUAUGCGUUCAUGGUGGAACAAGUCGUCAUCAAAAGAAGCAAAGAAGAAGACAGGCAAUGAAAGUAUUUUUGACACAUUUUGGAAGUUUAGGAUAUCUUCUGAUAAAAAAUCAACCAAAAGAUCAGGUGGUUCUCGGAGAGGUUGCAGUGACACAGUUUCAGAGAUUGGGUCUCUUUCCAGGGUUGAGUCCAGGUCUGUGUCACCUUCCAAAGAUUCCAAACAUGUGGCAAGAUGUCAAAGUUUUCAGGAAAGACCUCAGGGUCAACCACUCCCGCUUCCACUUCUUCACCCUUCCCGCGUGGCUCGUACCGAGUCUGGAAUCAGUGUGUCUGGAAAACCAAGACAUGAGAAGGGCUCCAAACCAUCAUCAUUUCUUCCACUCCCCCAUACUGGAUGUAUGCGGACCAGGCCAGAUGCAGCAGAUUUUGAUGGAGCAGAUUCUGUUUUUAGUGAAUGUUAUAGUGAUAGCGAUGAUCCACCUGACUCAAGCCAGCUUAGCCCCUUGGCAUCCGAUUAUGAUACCGGGAGUCGAACAACUGCAGGCAGCCCAUCCAGUAUGAUUGUUAAGGAUCAGUUGCCUGCCACUAAAGUUCAUUCGAGGGAUGUAGCAAAACCACCUGACCAUCUAUUCGUUAAUCAUAUCUCUUCUUCACCCCCUAGAAGAAAACCUUUAUGCAGUCAUGUGCCUAAUCUCCAGGUCCCAUACCAUGGUGCAUUCUUCAGUGCUCCAGACAGCUCGAUAUCAAGCCCUUCUAGAAGUCCACUACGAGCAUUUGGAACAGAUCAAGUUAUAAACUCUGCUUUCUAUGCCUCAAAACCUAAUCCAGAUUUUCCGUUCCUUGGAUCUGGCCACUGCUCCAGCCCUGGCUCAGGCCAGAAUUCUGGGCAUAAUUCUAUGGGAGGUGAGAUGGCAGGGUUAUUUUGGCAACCCAGCAGGGGUAGCCCAGAGUAUUCUCCACUUCCUAGUCCCAAGAUGACAAGUCCAGGCCCUAGCUCUAGAAUCCAUAGUGGUGCUGUCACACCACUUCAUCCAAGAGCCGGAGGGGUAGCCAUUGAGUCGCAGAAUAACCGGCCAGAAGAUGUAAAACAGAAAAGUCACAGGUUACCGCUUCCUCCAGUUACGAUAUCCAAUUCCUUACCUUUCUCUCAGUCAAAUUCAGCAGCAACAUCACCUUCUGUACCAAGAAGUCCAGGACGGCCAGAUAAUUUACCUAGCCCAGGCUCAAGAUGGAAAAAGGGAAAGCUGCUGGGUAGAGGCUCAUUUGGGCAUGUUUAUGUUGGUUUCAACAGUGAUAGCGGUGAAAUGUGCGCUAUGAAGGAAGUUACAUUGUUCUCUGAUGAUGCAAAGUCAAAGGAAAGUGCAAAACAGUUGGGCCAAGAAGUUUCUUUGUUGAGCCGGUUAAGUCAUCCAAAUAUUGUGCGCUACUAUGGCUCUGAAAUGGUUGAUGACAAACUUUAUAUAUAUUUGGAAUAUGUCUCUGGUGGUUCCAUCUAUAAACUUCUUCAAGAUUAUGGACAAUUUGGUGAACUCGCAAUCCGAAGUUACACUCAACAAAUCUUGUCCGGGCUAGCAUAUUUACAUGCUAAGAAUACUAUCCAUAGGGAUAUCAAAGGAGCAAAUAUCCUUGUUGAUCCGAAUGGCCGAGUUAAGUUGGCAGAUUUUGGAAUGGCCAAGCAUAUCAAAGGGCAGGCGUGCCCAUUGUCAUUCAAAGGAAGUCCUUACUGGAUGGCACCUGAGAUAAUCAAGAAUAGCAGUGGUUCCAAUCUUGCUGUUGACAUUUGGAGUCUUGGAUGUACAGUUCUAGAAAUGGCAACCACAAAACCACCUUGGAGCCAGUACGAGGGGGUUGCCGCCUUGUUUAAGAUUGGAAACAGUAAAGAACUCCCUGUUAUUCCUGAUCAUCUCUCUGAUGAGGGGAAGGAUUUUGUAAGGCAGUGCCUACAGCGGAACCCAGCUCUUCGUCCUUCAGCCGCCCAAUUAUUGGAUCAUUGCUUUGUAAAAAAUGCUGCUCCUUUGGAAAGGCCAGUACCAUAUUCCGAGUCAUCUGAUCCACCUCCUGGCAUUACGAAUGGGGGGAUUGGACAUCCAAGAAAUCGGCAAACGAUGGAUUCAGAUAGACUAGCUACUACCCAUUCAUUUAGAGUGCCAAGACCAGGCUUUAUUUCCAGUUCUUCUAUCAUAAUUGCAGUGAUGUUCAAAUUCCAAGAAACAUAUCCUGCCCAGUCUCUCCAAUUGGAAGCCCCCUUUUACAUUCAAGAUCACCACAACACCUGAACGGAAGGAUGUCUCCAUCACCCAUAUCUAGCCCACGAACCACUUCAGGUGCAUCCACUCCUCCAACCAAUGGUGGGUGUAAAAUCUCAUUUCAUCAUGUGAACCAGUCCGUUUACCUGCAUGAGAUCUCAAAACCCACAAACAUCCCUUGUUCAAAUGGAGCAUCUUAUCGUGACCCUGUUCCUGAUAUGUUCCGAGCCAAGCAGUCUGGCGGUCAUGGGUGCAGCCCUGGUCGACAAUUUGGUGGGCUCGCUCAAGAACUUCAUGGAGGACAGGCGGUGUUGGCUGACUCUGUAUCUCAUCUACUCCUGAGGGAUAAAGUGAACUUCAAACCAUCUUUGGAUCUAAAUCCUUUAUAAGGUUCAAAUAUCGUUCACAUUCAUCCUAGAUGCAAAAUGGUCUAAUAACAGGAUGGAAGACGUAAAACGGCUUAAAAUCCUUGAGAUAUGAUCCGGGUCGUCAAGAGACGAUACGGUUCCAUAAGGUAGCUGAAUAUAUAUAUGCACCAUUUGAAGGUGGGUUUUGCAUAUAUAUAAUGUCUCACUUUGCUUGUAUAUUUAGUUGUGCAGCUUCAUUGAGAUGUGAAAAAGGCAGCUUUGGUGAGCUAUGGUGGUGUAACAACAUUUUCAUAUCUUAUAUCAUCAAAUAGAAGAGUAGGAUUUAGGAGAAUAAGUAGGAACUUUAGGGUUAUUUUUUUUCCUUGUGGGAAGCUGAAACUGCUGUACAUAAAAUGCAGAAUCAGUAUUGCGAUUUGUGUUUCCUUUCACUUGACACACUGUAUCUAUCUAAAUCUAUCUGUGUGUAUGAUUUGUCUCUAAGGCUGUGAACAAACCGAACAUUCAGUGAACCGUU